AGAGCUUGGAACGACUUCCAUCUGCACUGCCACUUCCUGUUCCAUUUGUGACGAAACUAUCAUCGAUUUCCUUCCACAAUGUCGUCCCGGUGCCAACUUCGUUCUCCAGCAUCUUGCCCAAUGCUUUGCUGUGAUGGUGUCAGGCGGAGUGAGUACGAUUGGUAGGGUACUUCACUUACACAAUAUCUACAUGCUCCGGAGCAAUACUGUGUGCCUUCAGUGCCUUCUGAUCCGCGUAUCGAACGAACAACAGCAGCUCCUUGGGAGCUUUAGGCCGCUGAAAGGUUGCAUAGGUAAGCACACCAGGUUCGUUCGCAGUAACCCAGCUCGAAAAGUUCCUAAUGCCGGUCAGAGAUGCGAGUGAUGCAGUAUGAUC